AUGAAGCUGAGAAAAUCAUCUCGUGAGAAAUAUGUUCCUCUUAGUUACUAUGAAAUUUUGUUUGUUUCUCUGCUUGCACUUUUGAUGUGUGUUUGUGUGGGGCUGAUUGCACUUUCAUGGUUAACAAUCAAGGAGUUAAAACAAGCUCAAACUGCUGGAAAUAGCCAAGGCUACACAGGAACAUUUAAAAUAAUUUCUGGGACAUCAUUCUCUCCUGCUUUGCAAGAUAAAUCAUCAGGGGACUUCAAAGUCCUUGCCUUUGAUGUUGAACACUUGAUACAAGAAAUCUUUCAAGCAAGUGAUCUGAGAAAUAAAUUUGAGAGAUGUGAAAUUUUCCAGUUCAAGAACCCUGAAGAAGGUAAUGAAAUCUUGAAGACAUCUGAAACAGGUGUUGUUGUGAUCUUCGGCCUCUAUCUUACCCAGGGAAUAACAGCUGAGAAAAUAAAGAAUGAGUUACUUUCAGGUAUCAACUCAAAUGCAACUGAUCUUUCUCAGACCUUGAAAAUUGAUGUGAACAGCAUACAAAUCACAGUUGUUGCAGAAAAUCCUGCUACUACAAUACUGCCUUUAACUUCAUCAGUCCCAAGUCCACACUUUACCAUAUGCAGUAUGGGGUACUUUCAGAGACUAAGAAGUAAAGUUCUAAUGCAGGGUUGUGUUUAUGCAGGUUCAGAACAACUCACAACAAGCAAGGCUGCUAUAACUUCAGUUGAGUGCUUGCCGACUGCUGAAAUUUGUGAUGAUGGAGUAACCUGCAUUGGAAAGGAUUUAUUUUGUGAUGGAAUCUUGGACUGCCCAGAUGGUUCAGAUGAAUCUGAAAAAAGAUGUGCUGCGAUUUGUGAUGGAAAAUUCAUGCUGACUGAUUCCUCUGGGUCUUUUCACUCUAUGAAUUAUCCAAAACCAUAUAAUGCAAAUAUUGUUUGCCAGUGGAUUAUACUAGUGCCUCAAGGAUUAUCCAUUAAGGUGAACUUCACUUCUUUUGAUACAGAGGAGUUUAUGGACAAUUUAAACAUUUUUGAAGGUAUAGGACAAAACAAGACUUUAAGAGCUUCUCUCUCAGGGUCUAAUCCUGAGACAGUUCACAUUUUUUCUCAUGAGGUUACAGCCAGGUUUACAUCUGAUUAUUCUGUAAACUACAAUGGCUUUAAUGCAACAUACACUGCUUUUAAUGCAAGUGAACUAAAAAAUUUUGAGAAAGUCAGUUGCACUUUUGAAGAUGGCUUUUGUUACUGGAUACAAGAUCUAGAUGAUGAUUUAGACUGGGAAAGAUAUCAGGGCCCUACCUUUCCCUUUUUGAGUGGUCCUGAUUUUGAUCAUACAUUUGGCAACGAGUCAGGAUUCUAUAUUUCAACACCCUCAGGACUUGGAGUUGAAGGAGGAAGAGUUCGACUUCAAAGUUUGCCUUUGAUCCCCUCAGAUCCAUCUUGUCUAAGUUUUUGGUAUUACAUGUACAGUCCUAACAUUUACCGUUUAUGCGUUAACAUAAGAAGUGAAUAUGGUCUUGAAAAGAUAAUUUUCCAGAAAGAAGGAAACUAUGGAAAAAACUGGAUUUACGGACAAGUAACUUUAAAUGAAACAUCUGAUUUUAAGGUUAUAUUUGAUGCCUUUACAAAGAUUGCUCCAAGUGAAAUUGCCCUGGAUGAUAUUAGCCUGACAGAGGGAAAGUGUAAUGAAAGCAAUUACGUAGAGCCAACUGCACUUCCAGUUGCCACCACUACUGCUUCAGUUCCCACUGACUGUGGGGGUCCAGUUGAACUCUGGGAGCCAAACAAUACAUUCAGCUCUAAAAACUUUCCAAACAAUUAUCCUAAUCAAGCUUCUUGUGUAUGGUAUUUAAAUGCUGAAAAAGGAAAAAACAUUCAACUUCAUUUUCAGGUUUUUGAUCUGGAAAAUAUUUAUGAUGUUGUUGAAAUCAGAGAUGGCAGAGGACAAGAUUCCUUACUUUUGGCUGUCUAUACAGGAAACGACCCAUUGCCUGAUGUCUUCUCUACAACAAACCAGAUGACAGUAACUCUUUUUACGGACGAGAUUGCAACAGGGAAGGGAUUUCUUGCAAACUUUACUACUGGCUACAAUCUAGGAGCUUGUUCACCUGAAGAAUAUCAGUGUCGUAGUGGAGAGUGCAUACCAUUGGAUAACCUUUGUGAUAAGCUACCUCAGUGUGAAGAUGGCUCUGAUGAAGAAAAAUGCAUGAGAUUGCUUAAUGGUUCUGCAAGCACUGAAGGACUGGUACAGGUCAGGAUCGGGAAGGUAUGGCACCUGGCAUGUGCAGCUGAUUGGAAUGAAAAGAUUUCAGACAGUGUUUGCCAGCAGCUGGGAUUAGGGAAUUCAAAUAUGUCAUCAACUGUAUUAUUCACUGGAGAUGGUCCAUUUGUCGACAUCACUGAAGUAGCUAAUCAGAGCCUAAUAUUUACAAAAAAAGAACUUUGUUUAAACAACCUGGUGAUUCAUCUGCAGUGUAACAUUAAACCUUGUGGAAAACGCCUGGAAAUUGAGAACAAAGGAACAAGGAUUGUAGGUGGAAGUGAUGCCAGAAGAGAGGCUUGGCCUUGGAUUGUCUCACUCCGUUUUAAUUCCAGAGCCGUUUGUGGAGCCUCCCUUGUCAAUGAGGAAUGGCUGGUGACAGCAGCACACUGUGUAUAUGGGAGGCAAUUACAACCAUCUACAUGGAAAGCAGUUCUUGGCUUAUAUGACCAGUCGAAUAUGACAGACACUUUAACAGUAGUUCAAAACAUUGAUCAAAUAGUUAUAAAUCCUCACUAUAACAAACUUACAAAAGACAGCGAUAUUGCUCUGAUGCAUCUUCAGAACAAAGUUCAAUAUACAGAUUACAUACAACCUAUCUGCUUACCGCAAGAAAAUCAACAGUUUCUACCAGGCAUUAACUGUUCCAUUGCUGGCUGGGGUGCUAUUAGAUAUGAAGGUCCCACUUCAAAUAUAUUGCAAGAAGCAGAGGUUCCUCUCAUUUUAAAUGAAAAAUGCCAGGAAUGGUUGCCAGAAUAUACUAUUACUGAGAAUAUGAUCUGUGCAGGCUAUGACAUGGGAGGUGUAGAUUCCUGUCAGGGAGAUUCAGGAGGCCCUCUGAUGUCUGAAGAUGGUAAUCAAUGGGUUUUGGUAGGUGUGACAUCAUUUGGCUAUAAGUGUGCAGUUGCCCAACGACCAGGAGUGUACGUUCGGGUCGCUAUGUUUGUGGACUGGAUCCAAAAAAUCAUCUACUCAUACCCUGAUUUUCCUUAA